AUGAAAAAAAAAGAUCCCCAAUCAGCCGCCGACUUCUCUCCUCUUCUGAAAAGGCGCAUCUCUUACUACGGCGUUGGUUGGACCUGUUUCAAGAUCAACGACGCCCCUCAGGGCAUGGACGCUGGAGCCAAUGCCACCUUCCAGCUGCGCUUCGACUCCAACUACGAGACUCCCAUGCUCCGGUCCCAUUUCUCCUGCGCAGACAUCACCUACGUGGAGAAGGAAGGCCUCGACUUCGAGUUCCCGUGCGUCAACACCACCGAUGUGGAAUGGGAAGAUCUGCCCACGCCCACGAAGAAGGACGAUCCGCCAGAGCCCACCACCACUCCGUGGUCCCCGAUCGUGGGGAAAAAGAAGAAGCUCAGCAGGGCGGCCAUUUCCGGGAUUAGCAUAGGAGGCGCCGUUGUUGCUGCAGGAAUAGUCGUCUUGAUUUGUCGUCUGGUGAAGACUCAUCGCGAGCAGAAAAGGCGCCAACAGGAGGUUCCUUGUGUAUGGGAGCGGGGGAGUUACGGGGUGCCGGAUAUAGUAGCUGUACCAUUCGACUUUUAUGGAAGGCCUACGAGAAGAUGA